AUGAGCGCUACUCCUGAAUCCAGGAAGUCCCCAGAAACGACAAGACCGGCGAGCAUCACGGCUGACCGCAAUGACGCGCCGAGUCGAUUGUCAGGUGUGGUAGAGAGGCGGAAACGGCCAGAGAGUCAACAACGACUGUCUCAAUAUGAAGCAAUUGCGGGAGUCAAAGUGCGGGACUAUGCAUAUCUACCAACCGACCCCCGCCACUACGGCAUAGCUACCGAAGGCUCCAUUUCCAGCGGCCGCAGCGAUGAUAGCGACUUCUUCAACCGGUCCGACGAAGAAGACGGCGCCUACGCCUCCGCGGAACGUCUCUUCGAAUCCGACGAAGACGACAAUAACAAAACAUCCUCAAAAGCAGCGCGAACGAGCCACCCGGCGCAUCACCACCUCCCCAAAGUUCGGACAGAAGACGUGCUGAAUGUCGUGCUCCCGCUGCUCGCGGGACAGCUAAGGAAAUACAUGGGGGAUAUUGAUUUAAGAUUCUCGCGCGCGAGGGCACUGUUUCAGUUCCAGAAGGCGACGGAGUGGGAGAUGUCGAUAGAAGAGAGUGAGGAGGUUUAUUUGGCGCAUGUUGAGCCUUAUAAACCGGUGGAAACUGUGAAAGAGGCGGAGGGAUCGCGCGAGAACAAAAGUGAGCGCGAUGAAGAGCCACAAGCGGAGGAUCAAGGGGAAGAGGAGGAUGGAAACCUUGCGCGAACAUCCUGCACGAGCGAACGAUGGGCGAGCAUCGACAACGUAGCGGACCAUCUGCUGGGGAUGGUCCACGGCGUGGCGAAACCCGACUCAAAGGCACCCGCGGAACCAGUAACCCUCCAAAGCGACCCCCCAAUAUCGGAAUUCGCAAUGCAGCUGAACCAACUCCUCGACUACGCUGGCGUCUACGGAACGGGUUGGGAAACUGCGUUGCGUGUGAAGUGCCGGGGGAAUAUACCGGCAGCUGCCGAGUCAGCGAAAUCGGAAGAGAGUGACAGUACGAAACAGGCGGCGCAACAGAAAGGGAAGGGGAAGCUGAAGAUCAGAUUGGUGGAUAUGGGGCUGGUUCCGGGCAACUACAUAGAGCGGGUUGAUGUCUGACCCAAAAAUGGAUAAAUGCCAUGUUUUUACAUUUAGUUGAAUCAAAGGAUUGAAUUUACAAUCGAAGGAGGCAGAGGGAAUCCCACAAACACAAAACUAUUAUGUGGAAGUCGGUUUCC